GGCGUUCAACUUGUUCGACGUUGCGGAAUUUAUGCUAGCCGACUCCGACAGACGCUCGUACACGUUCAGCGCCAUAGUGAACACCUGUAUGUACUUAACAUACCACCACCACUACUACCAUUGUGACCGAAUCCCGUUCCUACUGUCUCUUGUUCCUUGCGAUGUCCCCCAGCAAACUACGACUCAAGCGAACCCCCGCAGAACAAGCCGAGCACGACUUGCGAAAGGCACGAAAAAUAGCGCGGAAGGCGGCCAAACACAGGCGUCAACACGACGAGGACGAGUACGACGAGUCCGACGGCCAUUCACAUCGAAAGAAACGACGGCGUACCAGCGUCGGUUUGUCUUCGAACGAUAUAGACGACAGUGACAGCGAAUAUGGGCCUCAGCCUGCCAGCAGCCAUCGCGCGCACAAGCCAGACUACGACCGUAUUCAGGCCGAGAUCGAGGAGCAGCGAUUCCGCGACAAGCUGUGGGGCGCGUUGGGGGACGACGAGCGACUGGACUCUGUCGAGGCGUCGCUCAACUCGUACGCGCACGUCCCGCGGAGGUGGCGAGGUGGCGGAAUGGAGCGGAUGGACGACGAAUCGGACGUCGACCCUCGUUACAUGGAGGACGAGGAGUACGCGGAGUGGAUCAGGGCGGGAAUGUGGAGGAAGAAGCACGCCGCGGAACACGAGGAGCAGGUGCGCAAACAGGCGGAGCACAACGCCCGAAAGGCGAAGGAGAGGGCCAUCCGGGAAGAGACCAAGCGGCUCGAGCGUGUCGAAGAAGAGGCACGCAGGAAUCGGCGUCGAGCACGAGAGCAAAUGCGGGCCGGAGAGGCGCGAGAGCUCCCAUGCUCUCCCUGGCCGAUCUACCUUGCUUAUCCUGCUGGCAAAAACCAGCCACCAUCCGCCCUCCGCAUCGAUGACUUCACCACCGAAGCCAUCUCUUCCUUCCUCCUCCCUCAUCACGAAGAGGAUUACAAUUCGGAAGCGUCGAAGAAGGGGCGUCGCGAGAGGCUGCGGGAAGCGAUGCUCCGGUUCCAUCCUGACAAAUUCGAGGGUCGGGUGAUGGCUCGGGUGCGGUCUGACGAGAGGGAGAUUGUCAGAGAGGCCGUUGGAGUUGUAGCGCGGACGCUCAACACCUUGAUGGCGCAGGGGAAGUAG